AUGCUUGCUCUACUUUUGGUUGCGCUGUUUGCGAAAUGGAGUGCUGCCGCUCUGCAUCAUCUCUUCGUGGGGACUGUGGAUGGCGGAUCCCUAUAUGUCCUGGAAAUGGACGACAUGGAGAGGACAUUGACGGUGUUGCGGAACGAAACUGCAGCAGGAGCAUCACCUUCGAUCGCAUUCGACCGCUCCAAACUCUUCCUCUUUGGCACCCGUCCGUCCGACGGUACAAUCUCCCGCUACAGCGUCGGGCCAGACUUUUCGCUCAAGCACGAAGGCACCGGUCAAAUCCCCGAAUCCUGCAACACCACCGCCUUCAAAUCCAUCAAAAUCUCCUCGGCCAUCCGCAACCCCAACCUCAUCUACGGCUCCGCCACGACCGGCACAUGCAGCACGCUGUUUUCCAUCUCCAUCACCGGAUACUACACCCAGCGCAGUAACGAGAUUGCCGGCGACAUCCGCAGCUUUGCCUGGAGCCCCGAUGGCCGGCAUCUACACGCCCUCGAUUCCGAGAGCAGCAGCUUGCUUAACUUCGGCAUCGCAGACGAACCGGAUCUGAAGGAUUUGCUGGACACAAAGGCAAUCAAAGAUACCAAGGCUGCACGACAGGUGAUCACGCACCCGGUCGGUCACCGGAUCUACGUGGUGACCAGAGAUACGAAUGAAUUGCUAGAUAUCCCGCUCUUGAACAACGACCGCAUCGACGGUCCCAUUGCCGCCAACCGCAGCGCUAUCCUGGUCAAAGAUACACCGGCGGGACAGUACGUGACGACCAGCGUCGCCAUUUCCUCUUCCAACGCCACGCUCUGGACGCUGUCGCACACGGCCUCCCCAGAGAACACAUUCAUGGUGACAGCUUUUCUGCUCGAUGCGAAGACGGGAGCAGUCCAGAGACGCAUCGCACGUGCGUCUUUCAGGAAUUAUCUAGGCGAUGGAACGCAACAGCCGACGAGUGUGCUGAUCCCCGCGCCGUUUGACGGCGAUAUGGUGGCUUUGACCACGUUCCCGGGAGCGAUGGUUGCGGUGUUGGGAUUAGUGGGGGAGAGCAUCAAGUCUUUUGGGCGGGCGAUGCUAGCGCAGGAUGAGGGUUGUUGUGGCGAGGGAGUUUGGUUGAAGUGAUGGAGAGUACCCAGGGAGUAGUAAGUGAGCGUGCACAUGAAUUAAGGCAUUGCAGUUUUAUCGGG